AUGCCUUUAUCUUCAAAUGAUCAAAAUAAUAAUCUUAAUAAUCCAAAAUUAAAAAGAAAAUAAAGAAUUUCUUACUCUUAAAAUGAAGAAUUUGAAUAAAUUUAAAAAAAGACAAAGACAGAAGAAUAAGACUCUUUUAAUUCUAUGAAAUAAAAUAUCUAUUUGCCAUCUUAAUUGUAUACAUUUGAAGGAAAUAACAAAUCAACUGAUUUGGAUAUAAUCUCACCAAAAAAGGAUGAACCUAAAUAUACCAUAAUUAAUGAUAUCAUGAAUAUAUAACAAUUUGAUAUUAAUGGAGACAAUAAAUUUGCUUAAUCAAUAUGCUAAAAAAAGAUUAUUCCUCGCUAUAUCAUAACAGAUAAAGGAAUCCUUUAAUUCAAUUCUUCAGAUAUUAAUUAUGUUAGUCGAUUUGGUAAAGGCAGUAAAGUAGAAUGGAGUCUUGAUAAAAAUAAAUAGAAAACUAUGAGAAAUGAAUAAGUUCUAUUAGAAGCUUUAAAAUAAUUUGGAAAAAAGAAACCUAUAUUGUCUGCUUUAGCUGCAAUUCCUCUUUCUAAUAACCCCACAUUUUUUUGGAAAUGUUAAUAUACAGAAUAAAGCUAAUUAGGAAUAAUGAAUGAUGUAUUCUAUCUAUUAUAGUAAUAUUUACCAUAUGAUAAAAUUUCUGGAUUUAGAGUUUAGAGAUUUGAAUUCGAAGAUAUAGAAGACAUGAAAAAAGUAAUCAAUGACUAUUCACCAGCUUACAAAGAAAAAUUACUUGUCCCUCUGUACUUUGGUUAGAAAGGAGACAACUAUCUUGAAAUAAUUGAUCAACUAAAAAUUAAUAGUAAUUAAAAACUAGUCGUGUUAAAAUGGAUAGAUCAAGCUCAUUGGGAGUCUGAUAUCUUUUAUCAAGGCAAGCAUUUUUCUUCCAAUUUAAAUCUAGAAGAAACAAGGUCUGAAAUGAUAGAUGUUGAAUAAAUGCAAUUCAGUAUCUUUUUAUGGUAAGAUGGAGAAUAUGAAGAUAAGGUAAAAAGGAAGAUAGAAUAAGAUAUUUAUAAAUCAUUAAAUUUAAUACCAGAUUGUGUACAAUGUUUAUUGCCAUCACGCUUUUAUAGUGAUACUCUUUACAUAACAUAAAAUAUUAGUGAUUGGUAAUUAGAAUUAUAAUAUUUAUUUAAUCAAUAAAUAUGA